AUGAGCUCGAUUGCUAGCGAGGCUCCUGUCGCCCUGAAGGGCGGCGAUGAGUGGAUCGACUUGAAAUUGAAGGAUGUCAAGCAAUUGUCUCACGACACCAAGCUCCUCACUUUCGAGUUGCCAAGCCCAGAUGCCAAAUCCGGUUUGACCACCGCUUCCUGUGUUAUGACCAAAUUCGUUACCGAGAAGGGCAACAACGUCAUUAGACCAUACACUCCAAUCAGUGACAAUGAACAACAGGGAACUUUGCAGAUGCUUGUUAAACACUAUGAUGGAGGUAAGAUGUCUUCUCACAUCUUUGAUCUGAAGCCUCAGGACACCUUGUCUUUCAAAGGUCCUAUUCAAAAAUGGAAAUGGGAGCCAAACUCCUUCAAGGAAAUCUAUUUGCUCGGCGGUGGUACCGGUAUUACUCCAUUGUACCAAUUGAUUCAUGAGAUUUUGAAAAACGAAAAGGACCAAACCAAGGUCAAGCUCUUGUAUGGUUCCAAGACUGUUGAAGACAUUUUGCUCAAGCCGGAAUUGGAUGCCCUGGCUAGCAAGCACCCAGAUCAGUUCAAGGUUAGAUACUUUGUUGAUAAAGCUACUACGGCUCCAGACCGUAAGAUCACCGAGGGAUUUAUCACCAAGGAUGUUCUGUCUAAGGAGUUGUCCGGUCCCUCUGAUGACAUUCACAUUUUCGUCUGCGGCCCUCCACCUUUCUACGAGGCUGUCUCUGGAAAUAAGAAAUCACCAAGUGACCAAGGUGAGCUCACCGGUGCUCUUGCAGAGCUGGGCUACAACAAGAGUCAAGUGUUCAAAUUCUAG